CCUACUUCGCUGCUGAACCAUGUCGAUGAGCCCCAAGCAUACUACGCCCUUCUCAGUUUCAGAUAUUUUGAGCCCCAUCGAGGAGAGCUACAAGAAAGUUGGCAUGGACGCAGCGGGUAACCUCGGAGCUCACUUGACAAGUUACCGGCAGCCACAGGUCUCCCAGCCGGGCAUGCAGCAACACCCGAUCGGACAUAAUACGUCGGUGCCUGCGGCGACCUACCACAUGUCACACGGGGUCCCCCAGCUUUCACAUGCUGCUAUGGGAGGCUACUGCAACGGCAAUAUUAGCAAUAUUGGCAACAUGGGCGAGCUCCCUGCUUACCAAGAUGCCAUGAGGAACAGUGCAAGUGCGACAGGCUGGUACGGGACAAACCCCGAUCCACGCUUUUCAUCAAUUUCCCGUUUCAUGACCCCAUCCUCAGGAAUGAACAUGGGGGGCAUGGGCGCAUUGGGUUCUCUUGGAGACGUUGGCAAACCCAUGGCCCCACUUCAAAGUACACCAAGGAGAAAACGCAGAGUGCUUUUCUCGCAAGCCCAGGUUUAUGAGCUAGAGAGGCGCUUCAAGCAGCAAAAAUACCUCUCAGCCCCUGAAAGGGAACAUUUAGCCAGCAUGAUCCAUCUCACGCCCACUCAGGUGAAGAUCUGGUUCCAGAACCACCGCUAUAAGAUGAAGCGGCAAGCUAAAGACAAGGCAGCUCAGCAGCACAUGCAGCAGGACAACAGCACUUGCCAACAGCAGCAACAAUCUCCGAGAAGAGUGGCUGUGCCCGUCCUGGUUAAAGAUGGCAAACCAUGUCAAGGGGGUGGCAAUGCCCCAACCACGACCAUGCAGACCCAACAACAGCAAUCCACCAACACAUCAAUCACAGUGGCUACCAAUGGCACUGCUCACGGCCCAAGCCAGCAAGCUAAUAACACAGGCCAGACAUCGGAAUUAGGACAAACCUCAGGAAGUCCAUCGUCUAUCCAAAGCCACGUCACUAGCUUGUCUCACCUAAACUCUUCUAGCUCUGAUUAUGGUACAGCCAUGUCAUGCUCUACUUUACUGUAUGGUAGGACCUGGUGAAUGAUUCACUUGGCUUGUGUUUUAACACCAUGUUGUAUUGAUUCAUAUCUGCUGUAUUUUGGUAAAGUGUUCCGGUUACUAAUUUGCGUAGAUGUGCAUCAAUAUAGAAGGAGGCUCCGGCUGAAGUGAUGGCAAAACGCUGUAAAUUAAUUUUGUUUUGUAGACUUGAAAUGCACACAUUGCUCGCUGGACUUAUAAUAUCGCAGUGAAAGCGGUUGCUCCAUAUACAAAGAUAGGCUGAACCUGAUGCGGCACAGAUCUGUCCAUAUAUAAGAUCUGGAAACAUAACGUUUUUUUGUGGGGUUCCGAAAGAAUGACGCUUUCGCAAUAUAAUAGUGUUAACAAAAAAUGACACCCAGUAAUAUUCUUUCCUCGGGAAGAAAAGAAAUAGGUUUAUUUAACACGACUUGGCAUUUUCUUAGUUUUUACUAUAAAACUUAGGUGUAUAUUUCUGUAAAAUGCACAUGCCUGGGCCGAAUUUAUAGUUUUUAGGAAUUUGUAUAUUAUGCUGUAAAAACUGUUUUCAUGAUGGACUCAGCGUGUACAGUAUUUGAUAGUUUGUUCGUUAU